AGAUCGGUAAACGAUGUCAAGUUAAUGCAAGACUAUAGCCUACGUCAUUCCAGAUCCCUCCCGCAGACCACCCUUCUCUGCUCAUCAACAGCGAUGACCAGGCUAUGUCCUUACGCGGCAUGCAUUUUAGUUGAUUUGUGGUAAGUGAUUGUAAAACAAUCAAAACCGACUCGUGGUUUAUGGCUUGUAGCGACGCUGCAAGGUUUACAUGCAAGAAAGUCACGGCGUGUCAACUCGGCGGAUAAUUUGUAGCAUGCCUCAUUUUAUUGGUUACAUUUGGAUGAAAGUUUUUAUUUUUGCUGUGGCAAGGUCAAAUACUGCUCCAACCUACUAUCAUAGCCUUCCACCACAGUGGCACAAGACAGCUUCGUAAAAAAACGUAUUAAAUUAUAAUUUAAGGUCGUGAAUGGAUGAGGAAGUUUCUUGUUACCCUGUAGCUGGGACACCAGCUGUUAGCCUAGAAUUGUUUAAAUUUUCAUCAGAAUGUAGGCUAUCAAGACGCGCUGCAAACAAGGAAAUUCAUGAAUGAUAUAACUGUGGCAUUUAAAUGAAUGCAUUUCAGAAUUUUCCAUGAAUGAGCCUACAAUAUUAGCGUGGAUAGGCUGUUUAUUCCGUCUAAGAGACUAUAGCCUAUUCAUCGGACAUUGUAAAUAUAUUUAUCAAGCUAAAUUCAUUCAAAAUAUUGAUUGUUGCACGCUCAUCUGUCACAGGUCAGGCAACAUAACGUUUGAUUUAUAUUCGUGCAACACCUAUCACUAACUAAUAAGGCUUCAGAAUUCAUCGCCAAUUCUCAGAAGUGACGUCACCAGCAUGGCAACCACAUCUACCUGAAAACAACCAUGCUUGGUGCCUAGCAACGCACAACUGCGGGCUUUUUAUCAAUGGUUGGAGAGAUACAGGUUACGCCCGCAGAACUGGCUAACGUUACCUAAGUUAUACCUCACAAGAAGUAUUUUCUUGACGGUGCCAAGUAACCUGGCAUGCAAGUUAACUUGCACUGACUGUAAUCCUACCAUAACACGCCUUUCAACGGAAAUGUAAACGACGUUACACCUUCAAACAUUAAACAAUAGUUUGUCCAAUUAGUGGUUGCUCUUGUAUACUGUCGUAAAUCCUUUGACCAGCGAAAAUAAUGCGAAAAACUACUCUGAAAAACAAUGAUUGCAGUCUGGAAUUUGAUCAGACGUUAGUUUAGAAACAUACGUUAGGAAUUUAAGUAAUCAAAUUAUUAUCAAAAUAAUUUCAAGACACACUGCAAUGGCCGUCUCUCAGUUUCGAUAACUGCAGUGCACACAUUGCACAAAAUCUCCUAGAAAAACGUAGUUAAAUGUAGCAAUUAAAAAUUGAUGAAUGGGUCAGCAGCAAACUUCUUGAAAACCCAUUCUAAACGACUUGUCUUUGUUGUUUCUCUCAUAUCUAUUCUUUUUCUCCUGUUUCCACCAUCUAACUUUAUCUGACCUUCUCCCUAUACUCCUCCUUUUGUAAACAAGCAUUUCCCAGAAUCAUCGCCGUGUGUGUGUCGCCCCCCUCACCCCCUCAGUGUACUGAAGCAAGGGGGGAGUGGAGGAGAGAAGGAACCGGAGAGAGGGAGGAGGUGGAGAGGAGUGUGUCUGUCACUCGGGUCCUUAAGAGCUGAGGCCGGCCAAUCAUGAAAGACUCUGUGUUCAACUGCUGUUUUCUCCCGCCCCUUCCUCCAGGCGAGGAGGCGGAGAAGCCCCGGGGCCCGAGAAAUAUGGCCGCCGCCCAAACCUCCUCCUCGCCCCCUCCCGACAGGCGUUUCCUCAUCUUCUUCGACUUCGACGAGACCAUCGUGGACGAGAGCAGCGACGACGUGGUGGUGCAGGCCGCCCCGGGGCAGAAGCUUCCGGGCUGGCUGAAGGACACCUACAGGCCGGGCCACUACAACGAGUACAUGCAGCGCGUGCUGGCCUACAUGGCCGAGCAGGGCGUGUCCGAGGGGGCCAUCCGCUCCGUCAUCGAGAAGAUCCCGGCCUCGCCGGGCGUCAUGGCCCUCUUCCAGUACCUGCGCUCCCGCGCGCAGGACUUCGAGAUCGUCCUGGUGUCCGACGCCAACAUGUACUUCAUCGAGGCCUGGCUGCGUAAGGCGGGCGCCCGGCAGCUCUUCGCCAAGAUCUUCACCAACCCGGCGGCGUUCGACGGGAAGGGCCAGCUGCGGCUGGGGCCCUUCCACUCGCACGGCUGCCCCCGGUGCCCGGAGAACAUGUGCAAGCAGGCCGUGGUGCGCGAGUACCUGGCGCGCCGGGCCGCGGAGCGAGGCCGGCCCUUCCAGAGGGUGUUCUACGUGGGCGACGGCGCCAACGACUUCUGCCCCUCGCUGGUGCUGGGCGCGCGGGACACGGCGUUCCCGCGCAGGGAGUACCCCAUGCACAGGCUCAUCGGCGAGCUGCGGGCCACGCGGCCCGAGGACCUCCGGGCGGCGGUGGUGCCGUGGGAGAGCGGGGAGGACGUGGUGGCUCGGCUGCAGAGGCUGGAGGAGGAGCGGUGAGGGAUGGAGGUGGAGCCGGCCCCUGACCCCCGCUGACGCUGACACACACACACACACACACACACACACACACACAGAGACACACACAGACACAGAGAGACAAGCACAGACAUACAUACCCACGCACACACACACACACACACACACACACACACACAAGCAGAGACACACGUGAACACAGGCACACACAAACCCACACACACAUGACCACAGACGCAGACACACACACACACACACACACACACACACACACACACACACACAUAUACACAGAAACACGCAAACACCAGUCAGACCUGGAUCAAAUACGUGAUUGUUUUGGAUUCAAAUACUUUUUUCCCUAAGCUUUAAUGACCUUGUCUGGUGUAUUGGAACCUAUGAAAUAACCUCAAAAAGCUCGCUCAGUUGCACCAGGGAAGAGCAAUCAAGCACAGAGAAGUAUUUGAAUCCAAAACCAUUACAUAUUUCACCCAGGUCUGUUAAACACACAUCUGCGAAAGCACAAUCAUGGAACAGGUAUACAGAGAAUACCUCGUAUAGACAAGCGGUAGAACUUUCAGCUAUUUCUAGAAGAUAAUCAUCAGCAUAUAGACAUGUGGCUGUACAGUAAAUAUAGAUAGUAUCGCACCUGCGUACGCGUGCACGCACGCACACACACUCCCACACACUCAUUCAUAAACACAAACCCAAACACCCACGUGCUCGCAGGACCCAACCAUGUCCCCAGGCAGGCCAAUAGUGGGAUCUCCCAUUCCCAGCCAGUUGAUCAAGACCACCUUCUCCUACAGUUUGACCCCAGCACCCAUGUCUAGAGCGUCUCCUCACACUUCCAGUACACUGAAGAUGGACCUGGACAUGGUGGCUCCGGCCUGGAUCAAAGUUCAGCACAACAAUAGAGACUAAACUGUUAUUCACUAUCUGUUCCACACUGUUUACAGCCCUUUUCUGGCCAUUCUCCUGGCUACUCAGGCAACCACUCGCUGAGAAAUGACAACUCGCCGAGCUACACGGCGUCUCAGAACUCGAAGCCUGAAUGGUCCGUACAAAAAUCGCCAUCAAAUUCAGUGCUAAAAGUAUCGGUGACCUCAAUGAACUUGAAAUGCUCCACAGGUAAUCAGCAAGGCCAGCAGAUAGAUAGUGCAUGCUCUUAUAUUAUACGUAGUGAUUGUUCUGAAUGAAUGGCCGAAUGGUAGAGCUUUGUUAGGGGGGAAGUUGCAAGUAAUCUUAGGAAAGAUCUGUUCCGCCUCAGGCCAACUGUGCCUAUUCUGCUCAUUUGAUCCCGUUAAAUAGGCCGACUCUUCUAGUAUAGCUUCAAAGCUAUUAUGAAAUUGAGACUUUGGGGACUCCCCAAACAUUUUCACAAAGUGUGUCUUGUUAACAUAAUUAACUGCAUGGUCAGGUUAAUAUGAGCGCAGUGGUGGCAUAACGAAUUUAAUUGUCGCCAGUCGCCACCUGCUGUCUGGUAGCAGCCAUUACAUUCAGAUCAAAGAAUGGAACAUGCACGGGAUAUGGGCUAAUUUUAUGAUUCAAGUUGACAUAACUUGACACAACGGGGCUGCACGAGUCUGAUUCCGUUGUUUGCGUUUUAACCUCGUAACCAUUUCUUCGUGUGUGUACGUUUUACCGUAACAGUAUGUCCUUGUGACUAGCAAUAAGAAAUUGGUGUCUAAAAGUAAAUCGACUCACAUUAGAUAAUUAGCCUCCUUUUUGACAAUGCUACAUUUUAAAGAAUUGUACAAGUGUUAUCAAUGUCUUUUAAAAUGUGAAACUAUUUGUGUACACAUUUGUUCUUAUUAUCAACGGGAAUAUAAAGCCAUGGAAAACUGG